AUGUGAAAUUGGAAGCAGCCUAGCCUACACAGCACGGAAAAUAUUGUACACACUGGAUAAACGCACGUAUCAGUCAGAUUAGCGCACGUUCCGCUGCAGCUCCUGGACGGAUGCCCAUUUUUGUGAGGUGUGUGUUCCUUUCCGUAAGAAGGUAAACCGCGAGACAGGUUCGUGGCGUCAGCAAGGUCCUGCUUUUCGUUCCACAAGGUGAUAUGAACAGACGUUGAAAUAUAGCAGGCAGCAACAGGCGACGGGAAACGGCAUCGCCGCAGAUCGCUUUUUACCUGUAAGUGCUAGACUUUUGGAUACUUUCGGGUUCUUCAACAAUGUUGAUUUUAAUGGACGAUGGGGCUGCGCCGUUUUUUGAAUUUUGACACUUGUGGUGUCUUACGUUUGAUUUAGUAGUCGGGGGUAUUUUGUGGAGGGGUGGAUUGGUAAGAAAUACAGGCCUAAGUAACUUUUGUACAUCAACUGACAUUUUCCCGAUGGAUUUAGCUGAUGCUCCGGACCAGCUGCGCUUGCUUUUUCACGCUUGUGAUGUGAAUAAUUCGGGACGAAUUGAAAAAGAGGAGUUCUUCAAAGUCUGCUCAGACUUGCACGUACGGCCGGCGGAAAUAGAGACCAUAUUUUCCCAGCUAGAUCUGGACAGGGACGGAUCGAUUAACUUUGAGGAGUUUAGGAUCGGAUUCCAGGGCGUUUCGGAGUUCGUAUUUUGGGGAGAGAUGGAGAGCGAGAACGGCGAUGGAUUCGCUCAGGCGUGGGAGACGUUCCAGAGCCGGCUUGGGGAACAAGCAAAAUUCAUUCCCAGGAGCGAACAGGCGGCCAUUUUGUACCAGAACAUCCAGCUGACGGAGCCCCGCAUCCUGCCGCAGUACGAGCGCGUGAUCACCAACUUCAUCCGGGAGGUCCAGAUACAGAGCACCGAGAUGGAGAGCCUGGCGCUCGCUGUGAAGAGAUCUCAGGAUAAGGCUGCCAUCCAGCUCAGUGAGAUGGAGGAGGAGAUGGAUCAGCGAAUCAGAGCAGCUGAGGGUCUCACAAAGCAAGAGGAAGGGAAGAGGGCGGAGAUGCAGAUGGUGCUCUGUGAGCUGAAGAGGCAGUACGAGUCCGAGGUCUGUGAGCUUCAGCUGAAGAUUCAGAAGAUGCAGAUGAUUGAAGAUCAGUACAAGAAUAUCAACCUGAAAGAAGAGGUGGCUGCACUCAAAAGAAAAAUCAGUGAAUUGUCUGUGGAGAAUCAGAGGCUAAAGAAGGACCUGCUGGAGUCCCACACGAAUAUGGCCUUCCUUCCUAAGAGUGAUACAUGGUCAUCCUCUGAAGAAGAAGAGGCGUUGAGAGGAUACAUAGAUGAACGGGACAGUUUGGAGCGACAGAUAGAGAUCCUGCAGUCAGCCAAUAGGAAGCUCCAUGACAGUAAUGACGGCCUGAGGUCGGCCCUGGAGAACAGCGUGAGCAAAUAUAACCAAUGCCUGCGCCUUCAAACGUCGACGGGCGACACCCUCUCCAUGGCCAGCCCCAGACUGAGCGAACUGCACUCUUCCUGUGGCCGGACGUCCGGGUCUUCGUUCCAGGACGAGGACUGUGAUUCGCUGGCGCUGUGUGACCCCAUGCGGAGGCGGAGCUGUGAGGUGGACAGCCUACCGGAGAGCUGGUUCGACAGCGGAAUGUCCACCAUGCGCGGCUCCACCGGAUACGACUCCGAGGCCGACGCCCGGCAACACAAGCCACGGCGACCGGACAGCCUGGCAGAGUACGCCUACGAAAGCGAUGCUCUGGAUCUGCCGGACGGGUCGGACAGCAGCUCGGUUCUGGACUGGAAGCCUUCAGAGCCGAUCAGCAGGAGCAGCCCGGCAACCUUGACCCGGAAGUGUCUGUCUCCCAUAUCUGCUCAGGUGGACUCUGAGGACCCAGGCGUGAAGCUGACGGGUUCUGAGCGCGUGCACAAGAUCGUUCUGGCCGGCGAUGCUGCCGUCGGGAAGUCCAGCUUGCUGAUGCGACUCUGCAAGAACGAGUUCCGAGAGAAUGGCAGCACCACGCUGGGGGUGGACUUCCAGAUGAAGACUCUGGUGGUGGACGGAGAGCCAACAGUUCUGCAGCUCUGGGACACCGCAGGGCAGGAGAGGUUCAGGAGUAUUGCCAAGUCAUACUUCAGACGAGCUGAUGGGGUCCUUCUGCUGUAUGACAUCACGUGUGAGAGAAGCUUCCUCAAUGUCCGAGAGUGGAUAGACAUGAUUGAGGACAUAUCCCAGGACAACAUUCCCAUCAUGCUCGUGGGGAAUAAGGCUGAUCUCCGGCAGCAGGCCCUACAGGAAGGAAUCGCAUGCAUUCCCACCAGCCUCGGGGAGAAGCUCGCCAUGAACUAUAACUCACUGUUCUGUGAGACCAGUGCCAAAGAAGGCUCCAACGUGAUCGAGGCUGUGCUGCACCUGGCAAGGCAGGUGACUAAGCGGAUUCGUGAAGAUGAGGAUAAGGACUCUGUCACCAACCUGUCACGCGUGCACAACCGAAAAAUCUCCAACGUCACCUGUUGCACCGGAUAAACCAUGCACGCACUCCACGUGUCUGCCUGCCCCUCAGAACUACGUGUGUGUGUGGUGUGUGUGUGUGUGUGCAUGUGUGCGUGUGCGUGUGUGUGUUUGUGGGUGCGUGUGUGCGUGUGUGCGUGUGUGCGUGUGUGUGUGUGUGUGCGUGUGUGUGUGUGUUUGUGGGUGAGACCGCUCCUCACAGAACUGUAUAUAUGUGUGUGUGCGUGCACAUUUUUACCUGAGCGUACCUGCGACAGUGUGUUUACAGCCUCUCUGGGGGGAGACACAUGAUCAUCACCUGACCUACUGAGUCCUUUUACACUGGAGGGUUUUUUUUCUUGUGCUCAUACUUCACAGCUUCUUUGGCUCCCUCUGGUGGUCGGUGAAAUAAAUGUAACAGAUGAUCAAAGGCCCUAUACCUGCCUGUUUACAUGUCCACGAUUAUAUAUAUAAUAUAAACCCUCAUUUUGUAUUUUAUUUUAGUUUUAUUGUUCUGUUUUUUUCCAUUUGUAUUUCACACAGGCUGAUUGCAGUAAAACCAAACCAAAUGCCAUUGAACAAGAUGUGCACACGUGUGUGUGUGUGAGAGAGAGAGAGAACUGUGCAGCUUGUUUAAUUAUUACAGUAAAUUUCACUUAAGGCAUCUGGGACUUCAUUUUCCUUAUUUCUGAUAAUAUUUUUAUAUUGUACAUUUUCAGUUGUUUACCUUAUAAGCUCUGGAUUAUUGUAUCUAUGGAAAUCUUUGGAAGGGUAUGGGAAUCCUUGGUGAAUGUGGGUUUAGUGGUCCUCCUGUAGGGGGCGCUAGUCUGCAUAGCAGAGGAGGCUGGUGGUCAGGUGGAAUUUGUCCUGUAAGUGGCCUUAAUGUGACUUCUAACAAGUGGCAGAAUGACACGGGUGUAAAUUAAGCUUUAUAGCCCCUAUGCAUGUCCCCUGUAAAUCUCCUACAUUUUCCCCCUGUAAGAUGCCCUGUAUACGCUCCCUGUAGAGCUCUUAAUCAUAUCCCCUAUAGUUCUCUUGUAUAUUACCUUAUAGAUAUCUUACACAUGUAUCCUGUAGAUCUCUCAUACUUGUUCCCUAUCGAUCUCUUACGUUUGUCCCCUUUAGAUCUCUUGCAAAUGUACCCUAUAGAUCUCAUAUAUGGUCCCUGUUGGUCCCCUAUAGUCGUUCUCUACAUUCCCCUUGUAGGUCCCCUACAGGUCCCAUUUGAGUCCCUGUUACCGAGUUACUCGUCCCUGGACUGUGGUAUUCAGAUAAGGCCCCUAUGGCUUAUCCGAAAAUAAGUAUUAUGUUUAGAAUUUACCUUUUAAACACGUUUAGACAGAUUUUCUUUUCUGAUCGAUAGACUAAUGGCAGUAUAUUUCUUUUAUAUUUUCAGUCAUGUGUCUAUGGUGUUUUGAAAAGGAAACUGGCUUUUUGUGUAACUGCAUUGUCUCAAUCAUUUUCUGUUUCGUUUUUUGUUUUUGUACAACUACUGUUCCGCAUCUGGUGAAAUUUUACUGUUAUUAUUAUUAUUACAAUUUUGUUUCCGUUUUUAUGUUUUUAAUCUGACGGUUUUUUUACCUGAACAUAUGUUCUGUGCCAGAUCAACAGGUUGUAUUAAGACAGGAAUGUUUUAAUCCCCAAAAAAUGAGCUGCCAUAUCUGCAGUUCUUCCAUCUUUUUAAAACCUAUUUAGUUUCCACUUUAUUGAAGAUGUCACGAGUGUUACUGUAACCAAGGGCUUUUGAAAUAAACCGCCAAAGAAAUUC